AUGAAGCUGCAUAUUGCCCUUUUGUUGGUCUGUUUGUUUGGGACAAGCCUUUCUCUUCCUGUGCAGAUUGGAAUCUUUGCAAGCAAUAGUAAUGAGAUCUUGAGACUGAAUGGAUUAACAUUGGCGACUCUCGGACAAAUACAAAUGCAGGCUUCAUCGAUUUUACCCCAGUAUGUACUGCAACAACAACAGCCUGACGUGGUGCUCUCUCCCCAGAUGGUGCAUUUGAACCCCAAAGUAACAGGCCCCUUUGGCCCCCAGCUGCUAUUCCCCACACAGGGCAACCAGCUAACCCAUUUACUUGUCCCCAAUGGCCAGCAGGAGCAGGCUGGACCUCCCCAGGACCCCAAUGUUCCUGUUGUACCUCAGCAGCCCCUAAACCCUAUGCAGAUGGUCCCACAGUACCAAUAUCCUGCAUAUGGAUAUCCUCAACAACCUGGGAUGCCGGGCUACCCCUACUACCUGGCCCCUUAUGGCUAUCCCCAGCAGAGGAACGCUCUUAUGUUCCAGCCUAACAAUGGCCAGGUGGGGCCAGUCCAGCAGAGCCUGGAGAAAACCACACAGAAGCCACAGCUCUCUCUACAGCAGGCUUCUAAGUCAAAAGUACAGGCAGACGAAACAAGGCCAGUGGGGACACACAAAGAGCCAACUGCACCUCCUCCCAGCUACCGAGGAGACGCAGCCGGCCCUGGAAUUGAUGAGUACUUCAACAUUGGAUUGGUUCAGCAAGCAGCUGAGGUCCUCCAAAACUGGAGAACAGAGGAUUCCCUCGCUGCCACAGCCACCAUGGAUCUGGCUAGAGAAAAUAAGUGA